AUCAAAUUUGUUGGCUUGUUUAUUGUUUAUAAUUUCGAAAUUAUUUACCUUGGUUUAAUUUACAUACAUAUUUGUACAUAUUUUUUGUAUAAGUGCGUUAAUAUAUUGUAUACACGAUGCCUUGCAAUCCGCCGAAGACGAAUGCCGACAAGAUGUGGCCGUACGAUGAGUAUUAUCACGGAGAGAGAGAUGAGGAGAGAAGGAAGAAUGGAUUUGGGAACGUGUACUGGUCGUCACCUGAGUUUCAAGACUCGUAUAGCGGGAGCAUGUUGCGCGACACGAUGCAUGGUGAAGGAGAGUACCGCUGGAGGUACGCCGGACCGGAGCAUUUAGCCACUACUUACGAAGGCAGGUUCUACAACAACCGCAUGCAUGGCUAUGGAAUGAUGUCCUAUCCUGAUGGACGGGUGUUCACCGGUUUAUGGCAUAAGAACAUUCGCUGGGGCCCUGGAGUGGAGACCCACGCGCGACUUCGCGAAGACGUGGGCCUCUGGCACGGGUACCAGCUCCUCAGGCUGGCGUGGCGCCCACAUGUGCCCAGCGUUGCCAUCGACAUUAUGUCCAACCCAGUGGGGUGCAACGUGGUGGCUCAGCAUCGAAUACUCAUGGCUACGACCAACAAAACUAUUGGUGAAGUGAACUCGGCACUAGAAAUAUUGAAGCAGUAUGGGUCAGAUCCUCUGACUGCAGCGGAAAAAUGGACCAAGUUGUAUCCGAAGAACUGCACGGACACAUACAGCCAACUGUGCCACGUCGCAGUGUUCGACCGCGCUUACUUCAACAACGAAAUCUCUUUGCUUAAUGAAGUUACCACUAUACCACAGGAACUUAAUGCCAGUAUAAGCAGUAAAGAAAGUGCCACGGAGACAACGGCUUCGACUUACUUUGCAUGGAACAACAAUAAAGUGACCAUUCACAUGAUGAAGCACUGCUUCACACACGAGGAACAAUGGAACAAAUCCCGACUUAGCAUGAAGAAUAUUUUGUCCGGACCGAGAUAUAACUUUAAGCCACCAGGCAAACAAGAAUUGGAUAGUAGGUCUUUACUAAUGGCAAGCUAUUUAGGACACAUCUCGAAUGUUGCCCAACUUGUAAAUGAGUAUGACAUCAUGCCUGACGUCACGGACAAUCAAGGAAACUCGGCUAUAAUGUAUGCAGCUUGUGGAGAUCAACCAGAGAUAAUACAUUUUCUUGUGGAAGCGGGAGCCGACGUUGAUUCAUUCAACGACGCGUGUUGCACCCCUCUGGGCAUCACCAUCCUAAGGUAUGCGCUAGAGAAGCGGAAUAUACCGUACAAUGCUAUGCUGCAAGCCAUUUUACCCCCACCUGCCUCAGGACCACCUCCACCCGAUGAAAAAAUACUUGAAUGGAAUAUAGUCAGAGACCCACAACAUACAGCGGAACGGGGCGAUAUACAUAAAACGCCCAGCAAAUUAUAUGCUAAACCAGCGCCUGCCCAUAAACACUCGCUAAGCGCUCAACAGCCGUUAGCAAAGAAAAAGUCUGAAAAAAUUGAUGUAGAUACGUUAGCCGAUACCUCUGAUGAUAAGCGCAUGUAUGAUAGCCUUAAUCUAGAAUAUAUGAUAAGAGUCGCAGAAGCGUACUCAGUAGCUUGUGAGGUUAACCCAGUACCGUACAUAUUUGAAGUUAACAACAUGUGCAAAGAUAUUGAAGCAUUCUAUGGGGACGAAUCGAAAAAAGUUGCUGAUAAACUUAUGAAGAAAUCACAAUCGAAAAAUAUAAAACAAUCAAUGAAACCUAGUAGAGACAUGAUGUUUCAGGAUCAAGAAGACAGUCUGGUAGAUGCUAAAGAGAUAUUAAAGCAAGAAAAGUUAUCGCGGAUAAUGGCGACCAUCACCCUACUGUUGACGGAUGGUGCGGACCCUCGUAAUAUUCGAUGUCCUCAGCCGCCGCUGUUCAUAGCUGCGGUGGCCAGCUCUCCGGACCUCGUGCGAGAAUUAGUCAAACAUGGUGCUGAUGUUAAUGAAGUUUAUCCACAAGUAUACGAAUACUCGGCAUUGGACAUAGCAGUGAGUGCACCGCUCAGUUCUGAAAAUUUGUCGGUGAUUCGUGCGUUACUGGAGUGUGGAGCCAAUCCAGACCAUCGCCUAAAGAUUCCAGAAACAGCAUCACAUUCUCCCACUACAACUACUAAACCCCCAGAAGCAAUCAAUAAUGGUCCAACUUUAUUGCACGCAGUACUAUCAAAGAAGAUAGAUAAUGAAGAUGUGCAUCUGUUUGAAAUACGUGAUCAAAUGUUUGAUUUGCUCCUCAAAUAUGGCUGUAAUCCAAUAACCCAGUACAAUGGAGGCUCGGCUGUGGAUCUAGCUAUGAAUAAAUGUCUGGAUCAGUUCGAUAUAUUCGUGAAGAGCCCCCAAACCGAUUUGAAUGCAAUCAUCAAUGAUUUAAAUCAGACUAUACUUGUAAAGAUGUUCUAUUUACCCUUCUGCAGGGGUAUUCCUUUAACGGAACGAUUACAGACGUUGACAAAUCUGCUGCUGUAUGGUGCAGAUCCGUUACUGAAAUGCCAAAACGGAGAAGAUGAAUAUGGGAAUCUGUUUGCCUUUGCAAGAAAAAUGUUAAUUGGUGUAGAAGCAAGUCGGAAACCGAGCAACAUAGCAGGAGUGAAGAAGUCUAAGAGCGAUGCGAGAACCAAGAAAGAUGCUGCAUCAAAACACGGUUUGGUAAAAACCAGCGACGAAAAUCAAGGAGAUUAUAAGCAAGCCCUGGAACUGGUGGUCGACUGCGCCAGGUUACUAUACAUCCGAUGGCUACAAGCCAAGCUCAUGAAGGAGCUGAUUGAUAUUGUUGACAAGUAUCGCCAUCGUUCAUGGAACAUGAUACUAAAGGAACAUAAGAACAAAAAGUGCACAGGGCUCUGGCUAACAGUAGUACGGAGCCUCGAAAUUUGGGACGUUCUAAAAUCAUCAAGGAAAAGACUAUACAAUGAUGAAAAAAUCCUGAAACAAGUCUUAUGUAUUAUUCAUUUUUACUAUAAAAGGACGAGGAAAAUUAUAAAUAUCCCUUUGACUUUCCAAGAUAAAGAAAUAAUAGACCGUGAAGUGGUCACUCUAAUCCAUGAACAUAAGUUGGCUACAAUUUGGACUCCGGACAUGGUUCCUCCCAUACGGCCUUAUGUGGCACCAGAACUCACCGUAAAGGGGAUAGAGAAGUUCAACGUUUGCUUCGAAUGUGUGAUACCUUUAGAAAAUUCAAAAAUUAAAUGUGUGUCGUGUAAAUUAAUCGACUUUUGCUCUUUGGAUUGCAUUGCACGAAACAUCGAAAGAAUCAAUUGCCAUCCAUGCAGCAGCUUUCUGAAACACAAAUACUUCCCCACACCAGAACCUACGGAAUCCGACACUACUGAAGUUAUUGAAAAUAAAAUAUAAUAUCAAUAAUAAAAUGAAAUAAUUUCUAAAACUGGAAUGAAUAACUCGAA